AUGAUAGGCAAUGUGCUUAGGUACAUUUGUAUAUACAUUAUUAUUAUUAUUAAUAUACAAUAUUCACUAGGUCAGUACAGUGUUCUUAGAGCUAGUGAUGAUGAUGAUACUCCCCCACCAGUACCAGCCUAUAAUCCUAAUGGAGUACAAGAAUACUCUGAACUGAAGAGAGAGGGAGAGAAAAAGAAUAAACAACAACAACAACAAGGAGCUGGUCCACUUUAUUCAACACUCAAUCAAGACGAUGAUACUCCUCCUCCUGUCCCUCCUGCCUAUAAUCCUGAGGGAGUACAGGAAUACUCUGUAUUGAAGAGAGAGGGAGAGAAUAAGGCUCAACAGGGUCUGUCUACUGGUGCUACUGGACUAUAUUCAACCAUUGAUAAAAACACCAACAACCAGGUGUUAGUUGAUGAAUCAGCUCAUAAGCCAGUGUAUGCUGAUCUGGCUAUUGUUGCUAAAGGGAAGAGACCUCAGGCUGCACCAACACAAGAACAACCAGUGGUAUAUGCAUCAGUUAACAACAAAUCUGUUCCUCCUCCCAUUCCUCCUCCAGCUGCUCCUCAUAAAGUAUUGUAUACUGAUCUAUCAAUAGCAGCUGGUAAGAGAACACCAAAGAAUAAACCACCCACUGAGGAAAGAGUAGUCCAUGCAGCAGUCAAUGGAAAUAGGAAGUUCACUACUCAAGAGCUGAUCAUGGAUAGGUUAGGUGGUCUGGAUAUUCCUCCUCCAAUACCACCAAAACCAAAACCUUGAAACCAACACAAAGACAUCAAUCCUCCCUGUCUCCAGUAGUAUAGAAUGGACAUACUUUAGCAUAAUGUAUUGUGAAACGAUUAACUCUAUCUUGUAUUCUCUCUCUCUGUCUUUCAUUAUAAUGUCAUGGGUAUAUAGUGUAUAUUCUUUUGUAAUUUUUAGUUCAUUCUAAUCAACAGAACCAACAAUGUA